AUGGCGGGCAGCUCGCCGACCAAGCAGAACCGCAGACUCGAGGCCUCGGAGAUGAUGUUCUCGUCGCCCACCAAGUCCAUGAUCAUGAGCACACCACGCGGCGGCGGCGCGAGCCCCUGGCGCAUCAAGGUCACCGUCCAGGCUGAACCCGGAAGCGACGACGUCAACGCAUCCCCGUCCGUGAAGCGAGUAACCACGAGAACGAAAACUACGACGGUGCCAUUGAAGGAUCACGAUACCUCCUCGCCUGUCAAACGCCCCCGCGGACGCCCCCGAAAGUCUGACGUGGGAGCCACACCUAAACCAAAGCGGAAGCCAACACCAGUCAACAGACGCGCACGAUCCGGAUCACGCGAGUUGAAUAUGACGGGUGGAGAGUCAAGCGCAGCCGAUGGAGAGACCGCUGUGCCGCCCAAGAAGCGGAGAGGCCGGCCCAGGAAG